AUGCUGAGCUUCGCCCUUCUGGAUGUAAGUAUUGUACUCUUGCUGAGCCAAAAGCAAGCGCUGGAAGAACUUAAGCAAACAGUUCAGCAGUUAAGGUGCUCUGAGGCAAAAUUUGCAGCCCAGAAAGAACUACUGGAACAAAAGGUUCAAGAAAAUGAUGGAAAAGAGCCACCACCUGUAGUGAAUUAUGAAGAAGAUGCUAGAUCAGUAACUUCUAUGGACAAGAAGGACAAAGUCUCAAGAUUUGACACUAUACGUCAUUCCAUAGCUGGAAUUAUACGGUCUCCAAAAUCUAUGUUGGGCUCAUCAUCGUUCUUUGAUGUAAUAUCAACCACUGAGAAACCAUUGGCUGAGCAAGACUGGUAUCAUGGUGCAAUUCCAAGAAUAGAAGCCCAGGAGCUGUUAAAACAGCAAGGAGACUUCUUGGUGCGAGAGAGCCACGGGAAACCUGGUGAAUAUGUCCUUUCUGUGUUUUCAGAUGGACAACGGAGACACUUUAUCAUACAAUAUGCUGAUAAUCAGUAUCGUUUUGAAGGAACUGGGUUUCCAACUAUUCCUCAGCUCAUAGAACAUCAUUACACAACAAAGCAAGUUAUUACAAAGAAAUCUGGUGUUGUUCUGCUGAAUCCUGUCGUUAAG